AUGUCGGACCAGGACUCGGAAUCCUCUUCCUCGAGACACGAGAUGCCUCACAUCCGCCUCAACUCGGGUCGCCAGGACCCAUUCGUCGAAACGAAUGAGGGGUAUGCCCCGCUGACUGGCCGAACGAUUCCCAGGCCCUUGACGCCUCAGGGCCUGGAUCUACCCACUCCUCUGGGAGCACAGGGCAUGUCGCCAUAUGGCACUUCAAACGCGCCCGAGUCGUCCGAAUUCCUGCUCCCACCGAAGCUAAGACCAACCCCGCGUGAUGAAGACCGAUCUGGCUCGCCGGACCGGUGGACAGCUCGGUCUAGUGUGAGCUCCUUGAGUCGCGAGAGUCGGUUUCAAAUGGAUCCUUUCGCGGACUCUCGGGCGCCAUCUCGUUCUGGAAGCGAUGAGUACGACGUGAACACACAAACUGUUUCAGAAAAGUUCAAUAUCAUGCCGACAGAUGGAUUGCUCCUGUUUCCUGAGGACGUGGAGAAAGAUGAUUAUCUGCACAACCCCGAUCCGGCGGACAUGGACCGCGACUGUGAUGUAUGCAAUCGUCGAGGUAUGCUAAAUGUGGGCGGGUUGGUGUUUCUGACACUUGGUAUCCUAACCCUGUUUAUUGGGUACCCGGUCAUAUCGUGGGUGGAAAGCAUAUUGAAACCCACAUCCCCUUGUAGACCGGGAGAUUAUCUCUGCCUUGAUGUCGGGGAGCAGCCUCUCUUGAGCAAUAUCAGAACAGGUUUGAUUGACCCCGAUACGCCUGAGUCUGCAAUGACCAAGAAGAAUGCAGACGGCACAGAAUGGAAGUUGGUGUUUUCCGAUGAGUUCAACUUGCCUGGCCGGACGUUCUAUGACGAGGAUGACCCCUUCUUCCAAGCGGUGGACCUCUGGUAUGGCGUGACAAUGGAUAAAGAGUGGUAUGAUCCUGACGCGGUAACCACGAAUGAGGGUGUAUUAGAAAUCCGAUUCGAUGACUUCAAGAAUCACGGCCUGCAGUUCCGAUCCGGCAUGGUCCAGACUUGGAACAAGCUCUGCUUCAAAGGUGGCCGACUCGAAGCUAGUUUGUCUCUGCCCGGUGAUGGACACAUUCAAGGAUUCUGGCCUGGUUUCUGGGCUAUGGGCAACCUUGCCCGUCCCGGUCAUGCUGCUACGACCGAUGGUCUGUGGCCAUACAGCUACCAUGAUGGCUGCGACGCAGGAAUCACUCCGAACCAAAGCUCGCCGGAUGGAAUCAACUUCCUUCCCGGCAUGCGACUCCCGGGAUGCACCUGUCCAGGAUCUGAUCAUCCCUCUCCAGGCCGCGCUCGCAGUGCGCCCGAAAUCGAUGUUAUUGAGGGUAGUACUGCACCUCUGAAUGGCGAUCAGAAUGCGUAUAUUGGUAGCGCCUCGCAGAGUUUGCAAACCGCUCCAUUUGAUCUCUGGUACAUGCCAGACUACGAUUUUACUGCUGUCUAUGACCCACGAAUUACCCAGAUCAACGCUUACCGCGGUGGUAUCUACCAACAAGCGAUGUCUGGCCUCACAAAUCUCAACAGUCGCUGGUACAACGGCACUGAGUAUCAGAACUUCGCCUUCGAGUACACUCCAGGUGCCACAGGAAAUGUGACCUGGUUCGUUGGUGCUGAUAAGACUUGGACGCUCGACGGGCGUGCAAUCGGGCCCAACGGCAAUGUCGGCCAGCGCAUGAUCCCUCUCGAGCCGAUGAGCGUUGUGAUGAACCUGGGUAUGGCAGACAACUUCGCGCCACAGAAUCACACUAUUCGCGAAUAUAUGCCCGCUUACUUGCGUUUCGACUACAUCCGGAUCUACCAGGACCCGGACGAUGUGAGCAUAACCUGCGACCCGCCUGGUUGGGAGACAACUGGCUAUAUCGAGGCACACCGGCGGGCGUAUGAUAAUCAUAAUCUGACAACCUGGGCGGACGCUGGUUACCACUGGCCGAAGAACAGCUACAUGCACGGGUGCUCGUAG